AUGCCYGGCGAAGCUUGGGCGCUGGCGGUGGCGCUGGUGCUCCUGGCCCGGGCGCAAGGUCAGCCAGCAAAACACAUUUCACAAAGACACCUAUCUUUCUGUCUAUCUCCAGAAUGCUCUCCUGGGGGCCACAGGUUACUUCAGAGUCCUUAUAGAAAUGUUCAUUUUGACUCAAUGCACCUCCAGCAGUCAGCUGCUCAAGAGAUGAUAUGUGAUCAUUCCCUUUCUUCUGGAUGGUAUCGAUUUCUCCUCUUUGACAGACCAGCUGAGAUGCCAACUAAAUGUGUUGAGAUGAACCACUGUGGAACUCAGGCCCCCAUCUGGCUUUCUCUAAGAGAUUCAGAAACACUGCCUUCUCCUGGGGAGAUAAAGCAACUGACAGCUUGUGCCACGUGGCAGUUUUUGUUUAGCACUACAAAAGACUGCUGUCUCUUUCAAAUCCCAGUGUCUGUACGAAACUGUGGGCAAUUUUAUGUGUACUUACUACAACCCACUCAGGGAUGUAUGGGCUAUUGUGCAGAAGCUAUUUCUGAUGCAAAAUUACACACAUGUGGACCAGAAGAAAUAGAAAUYGGAGGGGAUUGUGUUGGUCAGCUGUCGGCCUCAUUUCCACCUCCACCUCCAGGAAGGCCAGAGGUUGUGGUGGAGCUGAUUGAGUCCAGGCUCUUCUGUAGGUGUGCUUUUGAUGUUUCCCCUACAAACAGCUCGGUGGGAUUUCUCAUAGCUUGGUCUAGGCUUUCUUCUCAAGAAAUCAAAGAGGAGCUGAAACAGGAGACCACAGUUCAGGCAUUUUCUCUUUUAGAACUUGAUGGCAUAAAUCUCAGACUUGGAGACAGGAUAUUCUGUAGUGCAUCCAUCUUUUUCUUGGAGAAACCACAUAUACAAAGUUUAGCCAUCGAAAGCCAGGAAUUUUUUGCAGGCAUUAAGCUACAACCUGAAUUGAGUACUAUAUCAGAAGAUGGGAAAGAAUACCAGCUGAGGAUAGAGAGUACAAUUCCUAUUGUUUGUUCUGAAUUUAGUGAGCUUGAUCAAGAAUGCAAAAUCUCAUUAAAGCUGAAAACUGUUGAUCAAGGUAAAGAACACCUUGGCGUAAACUUGGCACUGUCUUCCUGCAAUGUGGACCUCCACCAGACAACAUCCUGUGCCAACGGCACCUGUGGCCAAGCUUCCCUGUAUUACACCGCUGUCUCAGAUUUUUCCCAAGAUGGAGACAGAGUUACAAACAUUGUUGUAGAACCUAUAGUGAAUAAGGAUUUCCUGUGGAACAACUAUAUUCCAGACAGCAUCCAGAUCAGAGUCAAGGAUGUCCCAACAGCUUACUGCUAUUCAUUUACUGAUCCACAUAUAAUUACCUUUGAUGGCAGGGUAUAUGAUAAUUUCAAGACUGGAACAUUUGUGCUUUAUAAGAGUACAACACGUGAUUUUGAAGUCCAUGUGCGUCAAUGGGACUGCGGAAGCCUGMACUACCCUGUGUCAUGUAACUGUGGGUUUGUGGCCAAAGAAGGAGGAGAUAUCGUUACUUUCGAUAUGUGCAGUGGUCAGCUACAUGAAUUACGACCAUAUUUAUUUGUAAAGAGCCAAGAUGCAUCCAGCAAUAUCAAGAUAAGUGAAUCUUAUUUAGGACGAAAAGUCACAAUUUCAUUUUCUUCUGGAGCAUUUAUUCGUGCUGACUUGAGUGAAUGGGGCAUGAGUUUAACCGUUAGAGCAUCUAGUUCAGAUUACAAAAACACUUUAGGACUCUGUGGAACCUUUGAUGAGAACCCAGAAAAUGAUUUCCAUGAUAAAAAUGGGAUCAAAAUUGAUCAACAUUUUAAUAAUUGUGCUGCUUUUAUUAACGAAUGGAGGAUUUUACCCGGGAGAAGCAUGUUUGACAAGAUGCCAAUUUCUCAGACUUUGCCUGCAAAACUAUCCUAUUGUAGCUGCUCAUUGGAUACCGCCUCCAGGUACCCGUUUUCUAAUCAUCUGGAUGGUUUUCCUCAACCAGAAAUUGCUUCAGGUUGCAAAGACCUCAAACAUGUCAGAUUCUCUUCUUUGAUACCAGAACUAGAUGUCACCUCUGAAUACAUUAAUUCAGAAGCUCUGGUUGGGAGGAUAAACAAGCAUACAUCUAGAGAAGAAAAUAAUUUGAAUUUCUUACUGCAAGGAAAGAAGUACAUAGACCUCACCAAACGGGACGUACAUUUACAAUAUCCUGGCAAUGAAAAACAAGAUGCACCAAAAUAUUCAGACAACGAGAAACAUAAGCAGGACCAGGGUCGCCACAGCCAACAAAUGAGGUGGAAUCCACAAAACAGAUGGAAACGGCAACAUUUCAAUGAGUUUCCUCCUUUGUUUGCUUUCCAGAGUCUCAGCCCGACCAACCUGGAACAGUUUACUUAUUUUUUCCCUGAGGACCACUCUGAGGACAUCCACCAAGAGUUUGUCCCCCAGUGGCCCACACCCUCUGGCCUUACCCAGGACAGCAGCCUGAAACUCUGUCAGCGCACGCUAGCCAACUCCAGCAUAGGCAGGCUCUGUUUUGACUUUCUCGGUAAAAGACUAGACCAUGCUGUAGAUAUGUGUGUUAAGGACAUUCUGUUGAAAGAUGAUGUUAGCUGGGCAGAAGCAGGUGUGGCCCUUCUAGAAAAUGAAUGCGAAAAGAGGAUUUUGGAAGAGGAGAAAUAUAACACAAAAGAACAUGGCAAGUCAAUUGAAGGCAUUCUCUUGGUAUUAAAAUGUCCCAAUUUAUGCAGCGGCAAUGGGCAGUGUAUGGAUUGGGGGUGUGCAUGUCUCCCAGGCUUCAGCUCCUAUGAUUGCAGUGAUUGGUAUGACAAAGUUCCUGAAAUCACAGAGCUUGAGAAUGCUGGAUUCUGUGAUGUUCAAAAGCAUAAUUGUACGAUGGUGAGAGUUUUUGGUCAAGGCUUCAAAGAAUCACCUUCCAUUAACUGUGAAGUUACUAAACUGCAGUAUAAUAGUAGUAAAUGGGUGCUUGGAGAACCUGUCUAUACACGGGCAGUUUUUCAAAACAGCAGAACUGUUGAUUGUCAGCUGCCCAGUGAUGUCCAGCAGUCUGAUACCAUGGAUGUGAUGGAUCAGAAACCAAUUAUGAAGUGGCAAUUAAAGGUAUCUAAUGAUGGUUAUAAAUUCAGUAAUUCCAAAACAAUGAUCAUAUAUGAUGGUACUUGUCAAGUUUGUGGUCUCUACAAAAAUAACUCAUGUACUAUAAAGGAGAAUGUUUGCAUUAUCAGUGGACUCUGCUACACUGAAGGGAAUAGAAAUCCUACCAGUCCUUGUUUGAUCUGUAGAUCCCAAAUCUCAAAAUUCACCUGGUCAUAUUUAGAAAGCAAAAACUGCCAGGAAGAUGCUGAUGAGUGUGCAUCUGGGCCUUGCUUUCCAGGAGUAGAGUGCUUCAGUACCUUUGGCUCCUAUCAUUGUGGUUCAUGUCCAAAAGGAUUUUAUGGUGAUGGGAAAACCUGUCAUGCUGAAAUAGAGUUUUUAAAUGAACUUACUACACAAAUUGCAGUUCUCACAAGGUCUCACAAAAGUGUAACUAUGGAAGAGGAUGGUAAAAGUGCCAAACAGGGAGAAAACGACGUUAAGCCAGCAAGCAGAAAUGCCUCUACCAUUUGUAGACAUCCAUGUGGAAGGAGCAGGGAAUGUGUGGCACCAAACAUAUGCAAAUGCAGACCAGGUUAUACCGGUUCUAACUGCCAAACUGCUGUAUGUCAGCCUGCUUGCAAAAACCAUGGGAAAUGCACGAAGCCUAACGUCUGCAAAUGUCCUCCAGGAUAUGGUGGAACAACCUGCAAUGAAGAACAUUGUAGCCCACCUUGUCAACAUGGUGGCACGUGCUUGCCUGGCAAUCUCUGUACUUGUGCUUAUGGUUUUGUGGGAUCGAGGUGUGAAACAAUGGUUUGCAACAGGCACUGUGAAAAUGGAGGUGCAUGUCUCUCACCAGAUGUUUGUCAAUGCAAGCCUGGUUGGUAUGGACCCACCUGUAGUACAGCUUUGUGUGACCCUAUUUGCCUCAAUGGUGGCUCCUGUUACAAGCCAAACGCUUGCCUCUGCCCGAAUGGAUUUUUUGGUGCACACUGUCAGAACGCUAUCUGUCACCCUCCCUGCAAGAAUGGUGGCCACUGCAUGAGAAAUAAUGUGUGUGUCUGCCGUGAAGGAUACACUGGUAGGAGAUGCCAAAAAAGCAUCUGUGAUCCCAUGUGCAUGCAUGGAGGAAAAUGUGUGGGACCAAACAUUUGCUCCUGCUCUUCCGGUUGGAGUGGGAAAAGAUGCAAUAUACCUAUUUGCUUUCAGAAAUGUAAAAACGGUGGUGAGUGCAUUGCCCCCAGCAUCUGCCACUGUCCUCCCACCUGGGAAGGAGUGCAGUGUCAAACACCAAUUUGUAAUCAAAAAUGUCUUUAUGGAGGCAGAUGUGCAUUUCCCAACGUGUGUUCUUGCCGGACUGGAUAUUCUGGAGUCAAAUGUGAAAAGAAAGUACAGAGGCGGAAAAAAAUUCUCUUUAGCAGGGAUAAAAGCAUCCAUGACCCAUGA